AUGGCUUCGGUCGUCGUUGGAUUUCAAAGUCCGUCGUCAACUGGAGUUGGCAAACAUCGUUUGGGUGAAAGCUCAGCAAUAUCAAGUAGCCAAAGCACCGACGUCGACAUGGAAGGACUCAGGAGUCUUGGCUUCACGAGUGGUCUGUGCGAGGCACUCAUCCGUCAAAAAGAGGAGACUUCACAUCGCUUUUGGAUUUUGGACAACAGUGGCUCAAUGUCCAUUGCCGACGGGCAUCGAUUUGUGCAAUCGUCCAGGGGCGAAGCCCAGCUUUCCCCGUGCACACGUUGGAAUGAGCUCCAGGAAGCAGCCAUUUACCACUCCAAGUUGGCAGGGUUUCUUCAGCUUCCCACAGAAUUUCAGUUCCUAAACAGCCCUGGUUUCUUUCAAAAGAGCUUUGUCGUGAGGAAUGAGAACGAUGCCUUGAAAGCUCAGCAGACCAUCAAGCGUGCAGAGCCAAUUGGUGCCACCCCACUGACCCCUACAGUGGAAAGCAUCCGAAACAAGGUCAAAGGAAUGAUGCCCCAACUCUUGCAAGACGGCACCAGCGUAAGCCUUGUGAUUGCAACUGAUGGGUUGCCAACAGAUUCCAUGGGGUAUGGUGGCAAAGCAGAAAAUGCAAAGUUUACAAAGGCCCUUGGUUCUCUCACGAGCUUCCCAGUGACGAUUGUGAUUCGUCUGUGCACCGAUGAUGAGUCGGUGGUGGACUUCUACGGCAACUUGGACAACUCACUUGAGUUGAACUUGGACGUUCUUGAUGAUUUUGCGGGCGAGGCUCAAGAGGUCCAUACCAAGAAUAAGUGGUUGUCCUAUGGGUUGCCUCUACACCGUUUCCGCGAGGGUGCCUUUCGUAGUCGGUUAGCUGAUCUGCUCGAUGAAAGGAAGUUUACAAAGGACGAACUACGAGACUUUUGUGGCCUGCUGUUCGGCGAGUCUGUCGCGAUGGAUGGUCUUCCAGAUCCUCAAGCUGAUUGGGCUGGAUUUCAUCGCGAGGUGGAUCAUCUCCAAGCUUAUGAAGACUUGGUAUACAACCCUAUGACAAGACAAAUGGCGCCUUGGAUCCAAGUGCCUCGCUUGGGGGCAUGUUUUACUAAGCCAGGGAAAGAACCCUGUCGUUAUAUUUCGUCGAGAAGUGAUCGUCUCAAGCGUACAACCUGCAACGUCAAAUUGCAAUAG